CAAGCUGCAAUCGGAGAUGAGAGCAGUGUCUCGGCCGAUUUAUUUAUUACUUUCUCAAAAUAAUCAUUCCAAUAUAAAUAUUUAGAAAGUUAUAUUGAAUGUAAAGUACAGUUUCAGAGCUAAUAUUAUUCGUAAUGUGCCAUCUCAUAUGAGACUUAUUCGUGUGAUUCAGCUCACGAGAUCGAAGAACGGAUGGAAUGUUGCUGCUGUGUACAAGGUGGCGGGAAUGAUGUUGGUGAGGAUGAACAUGCGGCUGGCGCUGGGCGCGCUCUGUGCUGCCGUGCUUGUGUUCACACUGUUCUGGGGACACUGCGGGGACCUCUCGCGGAGACCCAUAGGUUCAGUGCUAUCGAACGCACUGUCAGAGCGCGCCACCCCGGACGAGAUCGAGUGCACCAUCAACGGCGAAUACUCCGUCACGUGCCGCCGCGACCGGGAGCACGACGAGGUGUUCGUGCCGUUCUCGCUUGUGCACAAGUACUUCGAGAUUUACGGCAAAAUAACAACAGCAGAUGGUGUAGAGAAAUUCGAAUGGUCACACAGCUACGGUAAGAUCUACCAUCCAAAGAAGAAAUAUGACCCUCGCGGCACAUUCACCACUUUUGAGAACUACAACGUGGAAGUCAGGGAUCGCGUCAAAUGCAUCAGUGGCAUCGAAGGGGUCCCUGUGAGCACGCAGUGGGAACCACGUGGAUUCUACUAUCCAACACAAAUAGCGCAAUUUGGCCUUGCCCACUACAGUAAGCACAUUACAGAACCAGAACCAAAAAGAAAAAUAAUAGAUGAUGGUGAGAAACAUUUAGAAAAUUGGAUCAUUAGUAAGGAUGCUUACAUGGCGCGAGAGUUUGAUACUUCUGUCCAAUCAAACGUGUUAAGGUUUUCCACAUCAGACCAUGCGGCCAGUCAAGUUUGGCUCAAAGUAAAUGUGACGCAAGACUUUGUGCUGAGUGUAGAUCUGCAGUUGAAGCCCAAUUCUUCUAUGACCGUAGUGCUGCAGAACAAGGAUAAGAAGGAAACUGUGUAUCUCCAUUACGUUACUAGUACACAGUUGAUUUGGGCGCAAGAUGACCACAUAUACUACGGCAUAGGACUAGACCAGCAAUGGCGCCGUAUCACCAGGGACCUGAUCAUUGACAUGCAAAAGGGUUGGGCACUGCAGGACAGGCCUAAGAGAAGGUCGCCUAGGAAUAAGUUCAAGAUAUCGAGUAUAAUCCUGAGCGGCAGUGGGUCGCUGGACAACGUGACGGUGUCGUGGAGCGAGCACAUGUGGCAGUUCUAUGCGGCGGCGCGCUGGCUGGUGCGGGCGCAGCGCGCGCGCAGUGGCGGCUGGCCCAUACCCGUGCGCAGGCGCAUGGCUGCUGGCGUCGCUGAGCUUAAACCUGGCUGGCAUUCUGCAAUGAGCCAAGGGCAUGCGAUCUCCCUGCUAUCCCGCGCAUACUAUGAAAGUGGGGACGCGACAUACUUACAGGCGGCAAAGCGCGCGCUGUACCUGCUGGACGUGCCCAGCCACGCCGGCGGAGUCAAGGCCAUGUGGAUGGACAAAUAUGUUUGGUACGAAGAGUACCCAACAAAACCACCUUUGUUCGUUCUCAACGGCUUCAUCUACACAUUGCUAGGCCUUUACGACCUGCACAUCAUCGAGGGAGAAAACUCCAUCUCUUUGGCAAAGAAAAUGUUCGACGAUGGUAUGACAUCCUUAAAGAACUUACUGCCCCUAUUCGAUACAGGAAGUGGAAGCUUUUACGACCUGCGACAUUUUACUUUAGGAGUCAGCCCUAACAUUGCCCGUUGGGAUUACCACGCGACCCACGUCAACCAGCUUUAUCUUCUAGCUGGCCUAGACAACGACCCCAUACUCAUUAAUACGGCGAAACGAUGGGAAGGCUACAUGCAAGGAAAGAGGGCGGCACACAAUUGAGAUUAGAUCUCAGCAGGCGAAACCUGCGUUGUUAUUCUACUCAUCUGUUGAGAUUCUAACGGUGGGCCACGUUUUCUAUCCACAUAGAGUGUUUCUAUGUAAUACUGCUCUUUAUCUAGAGUCUUCUAACUAAACUGUUUUUCAGUGAGACAGCGAAAACGUGGCAAAAAAACGUUAUUCUAAAUAAUGUUUUUUGUAGGUAAUUCAGGUUUUGAUCGAGUUCGGCGUGAGCCGAACGGUUGUUAUUGGUCCGGAUUCGGUAUCGUUCUAUAACGGUUUCGUAUUCCAAAUAUGAAUUCAAACUCUGUUCGUUCUAUGUUUGAACGUACCGAAGUUUGUCGGGGAUGCUCGAAUAGCGUGAUUCGAGUUCGUAUUUACGAAUUUAGCCGAAGGUAUGCCGAAGUUACUUUUCAAAUACAGAAUUGUAACCGACUGAAUGGGUUUUCGGGGAUUUGAGCCAAAUUGCUCUGGGACUGUCUGACUAUAAGGUAUACAAGCAAACGCUGGUUAGUUUAAGAGACCGAUUCAAAUGGGUGUAAAUAAUGUCAGGAGAAAAUAAGAAAAGUAUUUUUCUACGACAAAUGCAUCAAGUUCUAAGUACCUCCGAUAUAAGAAUCUGUAGUAAAAUAAUGUUUGUAAAGUUGAAGAAUAUUAUAAAAGGAUCAACUAGAGCCGUAAGCAAUAAACUUGUUUAGAAACAUUUCUCUUUAUAGCGUGAGUUUAUAUGAGAAUCUAAUUUAGCUGAAGGUCGAUUAUACUACAUAUCAUAAAAUAAAAACGCUUUGAAACAUUCGUUUUGCGGUAGUAGUACUCAAUAGCCGAUAGAUUGCAAUACAUAGUUUAGUUGGUCCACUAAUUCAGUGCCAAUAACGAUUUCUAUUGAAUAAAACAUGAAUGUCUAAAAUUCAUACAAUAGUUAAACCUUUAAGCAGCCUUCUAAGGUUUAUGGCGCCCAAAAACGACAACAGCGCCACCACAUGUUUCUUAAGUUACUCCAAUAUUAAUUGCACUGUAAUCCUAGUCUCGACAAGUACACCCGAGUAUUGAACCCAAAGAGAAUUUGUAUUUUAUAUUGUUUUAAUAACAAUUCGAUGAAAUUCAAGCAUUAACCGUUGAAGACUGAUGAAAAAAACAAUUUUUUAAUAUUAAAAUAAGAGUACUGAUGCAAGUUAAAUGUGUCUAGACUAUAAAUUAUCAUUAUUAGUUGAAACUUGCAUUUCUAGGCUGGUUUAAAUAUUUUAGUUUUUUGUAAAAUUGGCUCAAAUUGUUUGUGGUAUUUAUUGUUCCCGCUAAACUUUCAGUUUUCAUUGUACUCUCAACUUAUCUUCUUGUGAUGUGUUGAUUUUUCAACCAUAAAAUAAAAUAAGUUUCUAGUAAUUAGCUCCAAGUCGAAUAUCAAUAAUUUUAAGGAUAAUUUUUGACUAAUUUAUGUGCUUUUUUCAAUAAGUUAUUGUUUUUUUGACAUUGAUUAAUAAUUCUAAUAUUAUAGAAAAUCAUAUCAAACGGUAUAUAAAUUGACACAGCUUUUGAUGUGUUAUGAGAAAUAAUCUUAUUAUAUUAUGACAUAGAAAUGUUAAAGACAUAAUGCCAAUAAUUUUUAAUGAAUACUGUACUAAAACAAGAUUAUCUCUUUCCUUUAAUGUUACAUUACAGUUGUUCUUGUCUCUUUCACACUUAGUGAUUGAGACAGCUAUAUUUUGUCUUACUUAUAUAGCGCCUUUUUUUUCUAAUGAUAGUAAUUUUCUUGCCAUAAAAGAGUUUUUUAUAAAAUUAUUUAUUUGUUUCUGACAUUUUUAUAGAUUACUUUGUUACAUAAACGCAGAUGCGCCUCAAAUCUAACAUUAAUGUUAGCUGAACACUGGAAAUUAUUGCAAAGAGAGCAAAACAUUAUUUUUUUCAGUAUUAUGAGAUUUUUUUGCAAUCAUUACCAGUGUGGAUAUUGUGUCCAACUUAAAAUGUUAUUCCAAAAAGGACAAAUAACUAUGUAUAAUUCUUAUGUUAUAAAAUGUAUAAAGUAUAUAUUGUAUAUUAUGUAUUUGUACCUACAUAUAAACUACAUAAUUAUGUAGAGCAUUAGUUUUCGGUAUAAGGAUCUGGUUUCUAUGAUUAAACACUGUAUACGUAAUACGUAUUUGUAAUCUUGCCGCGAUAUUCGAAAUUUGAAUUUCGUGAUUUUUUAAUCUCUUAAAUAUUUGUGUUACCAACUACUCCUCUAAUUAUCACUGUUCUUAUUAAUCUGUCUGCAUACUCGAUUUUUUUUAAAUUCGCGAUAAAUACUAUUGAACUAUUUUUUAUGUACCCACACAAAUCCUACUUGUAUUGAAAAUGAAGAAAAUAAUAUGCAAAUUGUAACACAUCAUUACUUCUUUGAAAAAAUCCUAUGAUUGCUGUAUAUUUAAGUACAUAUACAUUUAUUUGUAUGUGUUUCAUACUUAUAUGUUUAACUUUCAUUCUACUACUUAAUAAUAUCUAAAUAAUGUUAGAUACAUAUCAUAUGAAUGUAUAUAAUGUCUGAAUGUUCGAGUUUCCUUCUUAGAGACAAUACUAUCUAAAGUAGUUACCCGUUACUGUAUAUUUCUCAUGAAUAUCUUAGAUUACGGCCGGCUGUGAAUCUACCUAUGCACAAAUUUUUACACAAUACAAAUUAACGUCAAUUUGCAUAACUAAAUUUAUAUGAAAAUGAUGCGUUAUAUUAUCUUUGAAAUAACUGUUGUAAUCUUAAAGUCCCUGUUGCCAUGUAAUAGGCAAUAUUGGGCAAGACUUUAAUUGGUGGUAGAAUGUAAUGACGUACUUUUGAAGAAGAAACUUUACUUUUAUGAACAUGUAGUAAUACUAGAGUCAAAGAAAAUGCACCAUAGUAAUGACUGGUAUUCCUAAAAUUCUCAGGAAAAUAAGUUUUAUUGUUUAAUUUCCUAAAUGCUAAACAUCAUUCUGUUUUUGUUUAUGAGUAACACGAGAACGCUUCGUAAAAAAUCCAAACUGUUCUAUAAAAAAACCACCAACUUUAGCAUGAUUCCUAUAUUUUAAAAAGAUAUGGCCGCUAAUUCGAACGGUAGUCACCUUUGAGGUCGAUAUCAAAGUCAUUGGAAUCAUAUAUUUGUUUCAUCACAAACCAUAUAAAGGUUGGCAUACAUAAAAAUAACUUGUAGAUAUAUCUCUAUGAAUUUACGCAAUACGUACUUGAUAAAUGUACUUAUACAUAUGUAUAUCACUUUUGUGUUUUGGUUGUGAUAUCCAGUCUUGUGGUUGCCAUUUCGUGAAGCUGUUUUUUUAUUAAACAGGUCACUAACGAUUUAUUUAACAUUUAGUUAAUGUUAACAGCUUUUUACGUAACUUUAUAAAUUGUGCUUAUUGUUAUUUGAUGUUUACUCUCAAUUUCUUUAUAACAAACUUGUGGUUUGUGACGUUCAGAGUGUAUGUGUUUGACUCCUGUAGUCCUAGUAUUCGUUGUCGUCUGAUCAAAACUCUUUGUCCUUCAGACUUAACAUCCAUAAUAACAUUAUAAUAGUCAUGUGAACUUUUUUUUACAAACAUGUAUUUAUGGUUUCAAUUAGGAAUAUGUAGUGCCCUUACUUAUUGUGUAUAUCCGUAUGUCUGCCCAACUUUCAGACAGUGUAGUCGUGAGGUUACGUUUACGUUAUUAUAAAAAUUAUGCGUGGUGCUAAAAUUUACCCGCUUUGUAUAUUCGAAAGUCAAAAUUAAACAUUCCAUUUUUAAAAGAGCUUAAAAUCUAGUAGAUAGUGUAAAUAAUGUUAUUAGAUCUAUGUUUUUUUAUUUAACUUUAUUUAACCUACGA